AGCUAGAUUAUUUGGAAAGAGUGUUUUAAAAAACGAAAUAUUAAAUUAACUAUUCACAUUAUGCAUUAACAGUAAUCCCCCUGCCCCGCUUUUAAAUCCUAAUUACAUUUUGGACGGUUUUUCCUACACGCACGCGCGCACUUGAACACACCUCCCACCUGCGCCCGCGUGCGCGCUCUCCGUAUCACCCUGUCACUCUCUCGCGCUCCUCACACUUUUCUCUCAGCUACCCAAGAUGGCGGCAGCUUCGUCCAUCCAGCCGCCGAGCGUUCACUCUUCUCUCGCCCAGGACGGCGCGCUUUCCCCGGCAAUGGACAGCCCCGAGAGUCGGCAGCCGGAGGAUGAGGAGGCGACGGCAGCGGCUGCGGCGGCGGCAGCGCAGCCCUCGGAGCCGGGGAUUAGCCUCCGCGACCUGUCGGACCUGGAGCCGGAGGAGGUGGAGAGGAGGCUGUCCAAAACUCGCCAGGAGCUGAGCAACAGGAGGAAGAUCCUCAUUAAGAACCUGCCGCCGGACACCACCAACCAGGAAGUCCAUGAAAUUCUGAAAGAGUAUGAACUGAAGUACUGCUUUGUGGACCGCAACAAAGGCACAGCCUUUGUGACUUUGCUGAACGGGGACCAGGCUCAGGAUGCCAUCCGCUCCCUCCACCACAGCACUGUCCGAGGACGCCUGAUCAACGUGGCCCUGCAGCCUACAGACUCCCUGCUUUGCCUCACCAACCUGCCUCACACCUUCACCGCGCAGCAGUUCGAGGAGCUGGUGCGCUCGUAUGGAAACAUUGAGCGCUCCUUCCUGGUGUACAGUGAGUUAACGGGCCACUCCAAAGGAUAUGGGUUUGUGGAAUACAUGAAGAAGGACUCCGCUUCCCGGGCCCGUUCUGAGCUUCUGGGUCGGCCUCUGGGGGACCGCUCGUUGAUGGUGCAGUGGAUGGAUGUGAACCAGCUGAGCCAAGAGGAGAACCUGCACUCAAAGUGCCUAUGUGUGGACCGAUUACCACUGGACCUUUGUGACUCUGAAGAACUGACGCAAAUUUUCUCCGAAACCUAUAAGCCUGUUUUCUGCCAGCUUGCUCAGGAUGAAGGCAGCCCUGUGCGAGGCUUCGGUGUGGUGGAGUAUGAAAGCGCAGAGCAGGCUGAGGCUGUGCUGAUAGAGAUGGACCGAACACUGGUGGGAGGACAGGAGGUCCGUCUGUCGCUCUGUACCCCCGGCACCUCAGGGAGAAGCACCUUGGCUGCACUCAUUGCUGCCCAGGGUAUGAUCCUAAGUAAUAGGAAAGGAUUGCUACCUGAGCCGAACCUGGCUCAGCUGCUGACAAGUAUGACCAAUCCAGCUGCCCUGCAGAUCCUCAUGAGACCCUACCACAGUGGCAAACGAGGAGGAAAGUACGGGCGGAACAACAGCUUCCCAUUCCUCAGACCUCCCCUCACUGCAGCUCUGCUCACGCUGGGAAAAGCUCACCAGAGUGCUAUGGUCAGUAAUGGACUAGUCCUCCAGAACCUGCUGCACAUGCAGCUUGCUCAGCAGCAGCUUCUUCACAUCAAAGACAAACGCAUCAACAGUGUUUCCAGUCUGCUUGGGGACCCGUCCAGAUUGCUGAUGCAGAAAGCUUUGUCCCUGCGGCCUCCGGGGCUCAUGCCGCUGGGAAAAGGUCUCCUCGGAGACUCUCCAACAGAGUUGGGCCAGGAGCCAGUGCCAGUGUCUACCCACAAUACAACAGGCUUGGUGUCAACUCCGGGUGGGAUGCCGUACCUGCAGUGUCGCGCUGGAGACCAAAACAUCUCUCACUCUGGGUCCACAACCCUUCCCGCUUCCACUUCUUCUUCCUCCUCCUCCUCCUGCGACAAGCAGCCGGCGCCCCCUGGGACGAUGGUGAGCUCCCAGCUGCAGGGACAAAGCUACUCCUUGGGUAUGAGUAACUCAGGCCUUGGCCCGCCUCCACCUAAACACCCUGGAGGAGUUUAUUCAUCAACAAGCCAGCACAGCGGCUCAGAAGGCAGCAGCCUGCCUAACAUGGCCAACAGUGGACAGAGCUCCUUGUUGGGAGAGCCUCCUAAAGAAGUCCGACUGCCCUCCAACCCUUACCUGAACUUGGCCAGUGUGAUGCCAGGAGUCGUUCUGCAAGGCGCCGUGGGAAACAAGGCCCAGGGAGGGCAGCCCAGCUCCGGGGUGUACACCAGCGCCGUUGCUCCGGGUGUGUCCCAGGGCCCCAGCCCCUUUCAGCACGCCGCAGCCGCAACUGCCCCCCCCUACACUCCUGAUGCCGCCACUGACUACAGCCAGUAUAACCAGGCCUACACACAGGAUGCCAUGCAGCAGUGGUACCAGCACUAUCAAGCAGCCCAGGCUCACACCUACAGCGCCGCUCCUCAGCAGGACAGCACAGCUGUAGACUACAACAAGGAGCACACACAGGCUCCUGCAACAUCCACCUAUGGAGAUUACAGUUCCUACAUGCAGGCUGUCACUCAGUACUACUCACAACCUGCAGCAGCUACUCAGGCCUUCCCCAGCAAGGAGUUGGACGUGUGUAAACCUCUGGGCGUCUCCCUGCACACGGUCAGUAACGGCGCAGCCCCUCCUCCAGCCGUGCUGCCGGCCGCCGCCGUGCUCCCAGCCUACAGCACCCUGCCUCUGAUGCCGGGCUUCCUGCAGGCGCCACACCCGGCGGCGGCAGCUCCGACCCCCGUCACGCCGGCUCACCCCGCAGCCACGGACUGGAACGCGUACUACUAUAACCAGACGAGGGGUCUAAAGAGGGAGUAUCCCAAGCUGGCCGUACAGGAAGUGCCGUCGUCCGAGGGGGCCUACAUCGGGCAGCACUCCCAGGGCCUGGGGGGGCAGUACGCCGACUACUUUAAGAGGAAGAGGCUCUGAGUGAACUGAAGCCCCUCACAGCCUGCAGCUCAGGGAGGGAGGCACGCCCAGCUGGACGUCAGAGCUCCCUCUAGUGGCCUUUCUGCUGCCGUGUUGCUGGUGUGGAGUUUAGUAGAAUUAGGCUGAAGUGAAGAAAAAAGCCAUAAUGCUCUUUGAAUUUGGCACACACAUCGACAGCUUUGCUUUUGUCCUGUUCCAGCCUUAACUAUUUAACUUGUUGUUUCUCAGUCAGUGCGUUCUUAACUAAUAUUUACCUUUACAUGUUUUUCUAAUAUCAUUGAGACUGAUGUAAAAUGUAUCUGCAGGCGGGCGGGCGGGCGGGUGACCUCUGUGCCUGCUGGGGCUGUCGUAGGACUGGUCUACCAGUCAGGCCUGCCCCACCCCGACCACCACUCCACUUUUCCAAAACUAAACAUGUCUGAUGAGAUGCACUCCCACCCCCACAAGAACAGCAGUGUUUGUUCUCCUGUACGUGAAGGAAGUGUCAGCCAUUUUAUUCCCAAACAUGGGAGCACAUCAGGAAAAAAAAAGAUGUGAGCCAAUCAGAGUGGUGACUAAAACAUCUUCCCAUCGUGGAUUGACCUUUCUUACAAAAUAAAGUUCAAUGUUUUGUAAAUACUGCCAUGUAAUAUAGAAUAUAUGAAGCCAUGCGUGACAGACAAUAUCAUUAGAGUAAUAAUAAUAAUAAAAUGGGCUUUUCCAGCUUUUUAUGUGUUUUUCACCACAAAUAGAAAAUAUUUAUGAACUUUUUUUUGGUGAAUCUAUAACAUACUGUCAUGUAUUUGUAAUAUAUCAAUAUUCUGAGGCAACUUUAGUCAUGUAUUUACUUUCCGUUUUGUUACCAUUAAGCCAAAUGUUAGGACAAUCUUUGGAAGGUUUUGCUGAGAAGAUAACAGAAGCUUUAUUUCUGUGAAAGAUUCACGUCAUUGUUACUCUGUACUAAUGAAAGCCUGUUGGACACAAAAAAAAAA